AUGGAUACAGCUCUCAAGUCAUGGGAGCUCGACAAUAACGUCAAAUUGGUCGACACCAAACGCGACGCUCUCUACAACCUCGACCUCGAUGCCCAAAAGGAAGCGACGAAUGCCCGCCCCUGGGCCGCGAACCCGAACCACUUCAAAAAUGUCCGCAUAAGCGCCGUAGCUCUCAUCAAGAUGGUCAUGCACGCCCGUUCCGGCGGCAACCUCGAGGUGAUGGGUCUCAUGCAGGGCUAUGUCAAUGGCGACACGUUCAUCGUCACAGAUGCCUUCCGAUUACCCGUCGAGGGAACCGAGACGCGCGUCAACGCCCAGGGCGAUGCCGAAGAGUACAUGGUCGAAUACCUCAGCCUGUGCCGCGAGCAGGGCAGGAUGGAGAACGUCGUCGGGUGGUAUCACUCCCACCCGGGCUACGGCUGCUGGCUGUCCGGCAUCGACGUCGGCACCCAAGCGCUGCAGCAGCAGUUCCAAGAGCCCUUCCUCGCCGUCGUCAUCGACCCUGACCGCACCAUCAACGCAGGCAAGGUGGAGAUUGGUGCCUUCCGGACGUAUCCCGAGAACUACAUCAAGGAGAAGGAGGGCGGCGGCGGUGGUGUUACCAGCGACGGAUGGCAAGAAGUCCCUCUGGCGAAGGCGGCAGAGUUCGGUGCCCACGCGAACAAGUACUACAGCCUCGAGGUUUCCCACUUCAAAAGCACGCUCGAGUCUCAGAUGCUGGAGCUGCUGUGGCACAAGUACUGGGUGCAGACCCUGAGCCAGAGCCCGCUCAUUACAAAUCGCGACUACGGAAAUAAGCAGAUGCUCGACCUCGCGUCCAAGAUCAAGGAGACGACGACGCAAGUCGCUCGUCAGGGACGGAGUGCUCCGGGAGCGGGAGCUGUCGGCGCGGCCAGCAAAAAGGUUGAUGGGCUGCUCGAGAAGCUUGUGAAGGAUAGCAACACUGUGGCGAUGCAAGAGCGGACUGGUCUAGUUGCUAUGGAGGUGAAGAAGAAUAUUUUCAACGACGUGAGCGCAAAGGCGUCGUGA